GAUCAAUACACCUGCUAUUUUAUUCCUUACUUCCCAAGUGUUUCACCUACACCACUAAAUAAAUAAUAAACCUUUUCUGCGCAUGGGACCAUUUUAGUUAACAUUCAGUAAUUUUAGACCAACAAUAACUCACUUUUGUAGAUCCUUUCUUCGAAUAAGGGUCGAUCAAAUAUUAUAACGAUAAAAUUUUGAUUUGUUGAAAACUUUUCGUCGGAAGAUGUCUGAAGAGCCUGUUAACUAUAAAAAUGCGAAAUCAAUUUACGAAUUCACCGUUAAUGACAUCAAUGGCGAACCAGUAUCUUUGGAAAAAUAUAGAGGACAUGUAUGUAUCAUUGUCAACGUAGCCUCAGAGUGUGGAUUCACGAAAAAUCAUUAUGAAGAACUUGUGGAAAUCUACGAUAAAUAUUCUGAGUCGAAAGGACUGCGAAUUCUGGCAUUUCCCUGUAACCAGUUUGCUGGCCAAGAGCCAGGGGAUAAAGCAGAGAUUAUAAAUUUCAUCAAAUCUAAAAACGUUAAUUUUGAUGUUUUCGAAAAGGUGAAUGUAAAUGGAAGCGAUGGAAGUCCACUUUGGAAAUACCUGAAAUUGAAGCAGGGGGGUGUUUUGGGUGAUUUCAUCAAAUGGAACUUCACCAAAUUCAUUAUCGAUAAAGAUGGCCAGCCUGUGGAGAGACAUGGACCAAACACUAGUCCAAAAGAACUAUUAGAAUCGCUUGAGAAAUAUUGGUAGAAUAUCGGAAAAGCACGCUUUCUUAUAGCAUUUUGUAGAUCGAAUAAUCAUGAUUUAUAUGGAUUGCACAAAACGAUGAAAUUAUUGAUUUAUUAGUGAAUCAUUUGCAUAGGUGAUUUAUGUAAUGAAGUGGUAUGCAUAUUAUGCAUAGCAUAUAGGUAAUGAUAUUUUCAUUGAGUAGGUAAAUGUAGCUUUUAAUAUUAAAUAUUUAUAAAUUA